AUGCAGUUAGCUCAAUAUUUAUGGAGAUAUCUGUCUUACCCUGGUGAUACAUAUGGAGCUGAAAUAAAAAUGUCGAUUGUUGAGGUUAAGUUCUGUGGUCUCACUAGUGGUGGCUUUAAUUUCAUCAUGUUUGGGCUUCGGGUUUUCGUGUAUCAUAAAAGGGGUGGAUCAAUUAGUGUGUAUAACCUUGUGGACCUGGUACUAGAAACUAGAAAGGAUGGGAGUGUCUUAAAGCUGAAAGACAGUGACUUAAGACAGACAGGGCGAAGAGUCCGUAGAAAAAUGAAGGAUGGUGAUGGGAUUGGGAGUGUAGGUUCUAGAAAGAUCGGAAAAAAGUGUGUCGUUCGAUCUCUUAGUUUUAGAGCUUUGAAAAUGAGUUUGCAAAAUGAACGUUUUCCUGUAGGAUUGAGGGUUCUUGUUGUGGAUGAUGACGUUACUUGUCUGAAAUUGAUGGAUAAUCUUCUUAAAAAAUGUCAAUACAAAGUGACAACCACAAACCAAGCGAGAGAGGCGCUGAGGAUGUUGCAUGAAAACAGGAACAGAUUUGAUAUCGUGAUAACAGAUGUUGAGAUGCCAGACAUGGAUGGUAUCAGACUCCUUCAGCUUGUGGGUCUUGAGAUGAAUCUUCCUGUCAUUAUGCUGUCAGCGUAUAGUGAUACCAAACGCGUCAUGCAAGGAAUCAGGAAUGGUGCUUGUGACUAUCUGGUGAAACCUGUGAGAAUUCAAGAGCUUCAGAAUAUAUGGCAACAUGUUGUUAGAAGGAACAAAUCCAUGCCAGUACAAAGGAUAACUGGUGGAAGCACUCGUGCUGUUACGCUUAAUGUAACCCAAGGUGCUAUCCAUAGAGGAAAAAGCAUUGAAGACAGUUCUGGUGAUGAAAACAACGAUGAUGAUGAAAUUGAGGAGAGUGGCCGUGAGAAUGAGGACUCAUCCACCCAGAAAAAGCCCAGACUUUUCUGGUCGGUCGACCUACAUCAGAAGUUUGUUGAUGCUGUCAAUCAGUUAGGCCUUGAUAAGGCUUUCCCUAAAAAGAUUCUUGAACUCAUGAAUGUUGAAGGACUUACAAGAGAAAAAGUUGCAAGCCAUUUGCAGAAAUAUAGGCUGUACCUGAAAAAGGUAAAUUCUGGGCCGAGUGUUGGAAACAGACUUAACAGUUUUGGGGCGGAGGAUGCGCAGAUAGGUCCUCUAGGAGGAGGCUAUGGGAUUUAUCGAAGCCUUGCAGGGCCAGGAAGAUUUCCUAGUUUGCCAGAUCAGGGAGGAGCAAUGCUUAGUCGAAUGAAUACUGCUGCGGGAUUAAGUUUUAGAGGCCUGUCUUCUUCUCCAAUGCUUCAAACAUCCCAACUUCCAUUAGGUUUCACUGCAAACCCGAACACUAAUUUGUUUCAAGGCGUUCCUACAACAAUCCAGAUGAAUAAGGCUUCUUUUCCUAAUCCUCAAACCACCGCCAUGAUGUUUAACGGAAGCCCUCUUUUCAAUGCAAGAGACUUUGGCAACCAGUCAUCAUUCGUUUCACCCGCUUCAAAUCAAGGAGCCUUCGGAAUUGGGGGUGGUACAAAUAAUUUUACGGAUAAUAGUGGAAAAGGCAAUUGGGGGACUUCUGUUCAACCAGCGGCUCCGUUGCUUUCUGUCCGGUCAAAUAUGCUUUUAACUAAUGCCCCUAGUAAUGUCAUUGUUCCUGCUAAUGCUCCUAUUCAGAAUCUUCAGGAUGAUCCCCUGGAUGUUUUUUGUGGAAUCUCAUCUUUGGAUAAUUCUAAUAAUCUAGGACAGCAGCAGAUGUGGCAAGGUCAGAAUCCAGAGUAUAUUUUGAAUUGUAAUAAUUCUAGCGUGUCUGCCACUCCGAUAGCUGGCGAGAAUGCGAGACAAAGCAAUGCUUCUCCCUUCAAUCACUUGGAAGGUGCUUCUUCAAAUCGUCUGCAGCAGAAUGAGGUUCCGAAAUCCAACGAUGGCUCCAAUCUCAAGUUUGAUGAAAAUUUUCUGCUGGAUGACCCAAAAGUUAUCUGUGGUUCAACCCAGAGUAGUUCUGAUUACUUGCAGGAUAUAGUUGGGAGUUGUUUGAAGAAGGUACAUACUGCUCUAAUCUUUUUGUUAUUCGUCUCGUGUUGUUUCUUACAUUAACAGUAAUUUGUUCGAGCUUUAAAAUUACCUGGAUGUACUCUUCAGGGCUUCUAGCAAGCUACUGAUGUGAUUGCAUUGGUGCAGAAAGAAGGUUAAACUACAGCUGCACGAAAAGAGUUCUAGCUUGAUCUGCUCCUCUGGAAGUAGCUGCGUUUGUGUAGAAAAUCACAAUUUUUAUACCAUAAAACAGAAUAUUCUGGCGUCCC